AUGAAACUGGAUGAUGAUUAUCGUACUCGAGAGCACCAUCAUCAAAAAGAGCAGGAGCCGCCGUUUACAAUCGAUUUGCUCAAUAUCCCAGCAGCCGAAGAAGCCAAGGCCAAACGGGAGAAUGGCUUCCUGGACGCAGAGCUCUCGGUCGCAAAGCUUGACAGCAUUUAUGACUAUCUGUGGCUUGCCGGACUUCCAGUGCCGCCACAGCCGUUACACUACCAACUGGUAUUGCAGCGUGAGAUAGUCAUCUGUGAGAAGAUGGAUAUGCAUCUGGUAUGCGACCAUGGACGGAUCUUUAUCAAACCUAUUCCGCUGUUUCUGCUGUCUCCUGCCUUUUGGGAGACUAGCCUGCAGUGUGCCGAGGGUUGUGACUGCUUUCACAGUGAGAAUUACAGACAAUGCAAGACAAAGUCGCAGAGGACUAUUGCCCUGGGCUUCCUCUUUACAUACACAGUCCUCAUCUCCUCACAACACGACUUUCGCCUCGCUCAGCAGGUCCAUCUUCUCCCUGACGAACGCGAAGGUACCGGUGUCAACUGGAAUAGCUGGCAGGUCUUCGCCGAGCAGAUAUUAACAUCAUCCUCAGCCUCUAUCUACGAGGACAUCCACCGCCGCUUCCAUUACGGCGAACUCCGCGCAAACCGCCUAAACGCAAUCUGUCUACUAACCAGACAAAUGUACUUCCUCGACCAAUGGUCCGACUACAACCGCGCUGCCUGGCUCACCACAACGACUAUUUGUUUUGCACUGGCGCUUUCCGCAAUGCAGGUGGGGUUGAUGACGGAGCGGCCCGAUGAGGGCAGAACGUACAUCAGAGUGGCGCAUUGGUUCAGCGUUUCGGCAAUUAUUGGGGUCAUUGUUGGCGGUGUCCUUAUCGCUUCUGUUACUGUUCUAGUUGAGCUUGUUAAUUGGAGGGUUCAGAAAAUGAAGGCCAGGCGGCGGUUCAAGCUUAUUAUGGGGGCAGUUGCUGAACCCCGUCUUCAAACGACUGCGGCAAGGCAGGGACUUGCAUAUCAUGUUUCCCCCCGAAGGAGAUGA